AUGGCAUGUAAUGGGCGUCAAGUGGAAGAUUUACUAUUUUUGUUUUUCCCCCCCACUUUUUGUCAUCCAUUGAAAAUGGCCAUUAAAAAUUUCUCAAUCGAAUACGAUGCCAUCAACGGCAAAAACACCUUCACGAAUGGAGAUGUCAUUAAUGGAAGAAUUAUUGUGGAGGUGUCUGGUGAAACCAAAAUCCAAUCGCUGAUUUUUAGUGGACAAGGAAGAGCGAAGGUAUGCUGGAGUGAGCAUUACGGACAAGAUCAAACCCACGUUUACUGGGCUACUGAGAAAUAUUAUGACAUCAAACAACAUAUCUUGAGAGAAUCAAGACACGAUGGCACUGAUGUCAUUGGAAAAGGAAGACAUGUGUAUCCUUUUUCGUUCAGGAUUCCUGAUGGAAUACUGCCAUCAACCUAUAAAGGAGCCCAUGGCAAAAUUGUUCAUAAGGUGAAAGCAGAGCUGAAACAAUCAAUGAAGAUUACAAAGAAAACCAAGGCCCACUUCACUUUUGUGUCCAAGGCACACAUGGGUAUUCCUGGACUUCUGGAACCUCAGUAUACUUGUAAGGAUAAAUCUGUUUUGGGCUCUGGAAAGGUUUCAGUAGAUGUCCAUACCACUCAGAUGGGAUACAUGCAAGGCGAAGCUCUCGUGGUCACAGUUGAAAUCAACAACAACUCGAGUCGCACAGUGAAGCCCAAAUUCAUACUGUAUCAGAAACACAGUUUCUUCGCUCAGGGCCACAGGACAGUUUACACACACGACAUCCUUAAGGAUAAGGCCGAGGCUGUUGAAGCAUCUUCUGGCAGAAAAACCGUGACCAAGGUGAUCACCAUCCCUAGAGACCUACCCCCCUCCAUCUUGAACAGCCACAUCAUCAACCUGGAGUACAUGCUGAAGGUCCAACUGAAUAUCAAAUGUUCUAUUGAUCCAAAGCUCAAACUUCCUAUAGUUAUCAUGCCUGCGGUUGUGAAACAACCACAUCCUUCUGCUGGCAUUGGAUUUGACACUUUUAGGAACCCAGAAAAACCAUCCUGGGGAACUACACCCCAGCAAACACCAUCCCAUUUUGGAGAUCUUCCACCUCCCUAUGGAGCACAUGCGAUGUACCCCACUACCACUCUUGAUGAUUAUAAGACUGCACUUUAA